AUGUAUGAAACUAGAAAAAAACAAUAUCCAAAUUUACCAAAAUCUUUUGAAGAGGCAAGAAUUCAACUGAUCAACAUGCAAAAUGACAUUCAAUACCAAGAUUUGGAAAUUGGAAGAUGGAUGAAAUAUUUUUAUGGUUUAAGUUAUUUACCACCAAAUAAAGUUUCAGAUGGCUUUACAGAUCUUAUGGCGGURGCACCUGGUACUGAAACAAUUUUCCACCAAUCUUAUGGGCUGGUGAACCAAAUGGUAAUCCCAAGACGACGAAUAGCGCAGAAAGUUUCCAUAAACAUUAUAAUAGCCAAUUUUUAUACACCGCAUCCACAUUUACAUCAAGUCAUUGAUAUACUCAUAAUCAGUAAUUCGCCGGCUACAUCUCCUACCGUAUCACACAACAGCAAUUCACCAUCACCAACACCGGUAGUGCCUACUACCGGUUACAACCACAAAAUCAUUGCCGGCAUACCAUGUGUGGCAGCCGCGUCUAAGUAUACAGCUCCCGUCCAUAUAGACGUCGGUGGCACCAUAUAUACGUCCUCUCUGGAUACUCUAACCAAAAAUCCUGAUUCAAAACUGGCUAAAUUGUUCAAUGGUAGUAUACCCAUAGUGUUAGACUCUCUUAAACAACACUAUUUCAUCGACAGGGAUGGCAAGAUGUUCAGGCAUAUUCUCAACUUUAUGAGAAAUUCGAAGCUUUCGCUACCUGAUAAUUUCACUGACAUAGAUCUAUUGCUAGAAGAAGCUAGAUACUUUGAAAUAACUCCCAUGUGUAAACAGUUAGAAAACUUGAAACGAGACCGAAUGAAAUGCAACCGAACAAAUGGUUGGGAAUCCAACGGCCCGAGCCGGUCUAACAGUAGCCUCUCGGGCACAAAAGACCAGUACGAAUGCGUGUCCGUUCACGUGAGUCCAGACCUCGGGGAGCGGGUGAUGUUGUCUGGCGACCACGCGGUCCUGGAUGAAGUUUUUCCCGAAACAGGCCACUCGGCGUUGGAGCCGUCGGCCGGACGUCCGGCUGUGUCUUGGACGCCCGUGGACUCCAGACACUUGGUCCGGUUCCCGUUAAAUGGAUACUGUAAGCUCAAUAGCGUGCAGGCCAUCACCCGGUUGCUGAACGCUGGUUUCUCGGUGGCUGCCAGCACAGGCGGCGGCGUACAUGGGCAACAGUUUUCCGAGUACCUGUUCAUUCGCAAAAUGUCCAUUUGACUACCACGCAUUUGGUAAAAUGACAUCAUCAGAUCAUAACUUAUAGAUAUUAUAAUGUGUUAUAUUAUACAAUAUCAUUAUAUAUACACGCGUUAUACCAGAAAAGUAUACAUUUGUGUAAUACGAUAAUUUAUGUAAUGACGGAAUUAGUUGUGUAAUUAUAGAUAUGAUAUUAAUUUUUUUAAGGCUGGUUUACAUGUUAAAAAUAAGUUUACUUUGGCUAUUUUAUUAUAAUAUUUAUAUAUAUAUAUAUAUUCCCGUUUUGUAUAAAAUUAUUAUAUACGACUAUUAUUUUGUUGCGGGUGUGAAUUAUGCGCGAUAAAUAAACGAUAACUUCACAUAUUACAUAUA